AUGAGUUUAGUUAAGACUGAAUUAGAUGGGAUCCUACCCCUUAUCUCCCGUGGCAAAGUGAGGGACAUUUACCGAGUGGAUGAACAAACUUUGUUAUUUAUUGCUACUGAUCGUAUUUCUGCAUAUGAUGUGAUCAUGAAUAAUUCAAUUCCGGAUAAGGGAAAGCUAUUAACCAAAUUGUCGCAAUUCUGGUUUGAGUUUUUACGCAAUGAUAUAAAGAACCAUUUAGUUGAAAUUCCUGUUGGAAAAACCAUAUUUAACUAUCUUCCAAAGGAGUUAAGUCAGGAUAAGUAUAAGAAUCAAAUUGAGGGCCGUUCUUUACUUGUACAUAAGUAUAAGUUGGUGCCAUUAGAAGUCAUUGUCAGGGGUUAUAUUACAGGUUCUGCAUGGAAAGAAUACGUUAACAAAGGGACUGUCCACGGUCAUUCCAUGGUUACUGGUUUAAAGGAAUCUCAGCAAUUGCCUGAAUCUGUUUUCACACCUUCAACAAAGGCUGACCAAGGUGAACAUGAUGAGAACAUUAGUGUUGAACAAGCACAGGAGCUUGUAGGGGAAGACUUAUGCCAUAAGAUUGAUGUCAAGGCAAGACAGUUGUAUGAUAAAUGUGCUGAAUAUGCUAAGAGUCGUGGUAUAAUUAUUGCUGAUACAAAAUUCGAAUUUGGUUUGGAUUCCAACAAUGAACUGGUGCUUGUUGACGAAGUGUUGACACCAGAUUCUUCGAGGUUCUGGAACCUUGCAAAUUAUGAGGUUGGCAAGGGACAAGAUUCGUAUGAUAAACAAUUUUUGAGAAAUUGGUUGACCUCUAACAAAUUAGCAGGCGUAGACAAUGUUACUAUGCCCGAAGAUAUUGUUGAAAGAACAAGAGCUAAGUAUAUCGAAGCUUACGAAGCUUUAACAGGCCAGAAAUAUUUGUGA